CGCUGGACUUGUUUCGUCAAACAUCUUAAUGCGAACACCACAUGUUCGGAUCUCCACGAUAAAAGGCCUGAACAGGCGUCAUCGAGAGUUUAAUCUCGUCGUUCGUCUGAAGUGAAGUGGCGAAGCUGUGCAAAUAGUGACCAGUUUUGGGAGAGUGUAAUUGCGCGGGUUGUGCAAAAUGUUGCUGAAAGCCUUUGAAAUCCUCCCUGCACUUGCCAUCCUAUUAACUCUCGGCAUCCCUGUAAAAGCUCAGGAUUUAUACGAGGAUUACAGCCCUUGUGGUCGAUGGCGUCCUGGCGAUGCCGAUCUCAACACAUUCGACUUCAUCCGGGAAUUCCGGCUUGAUCGCUCGGAGACAUACUAUGAAGGUGUGUCAACAGUUGUAGGCUCGAGUCACAUUCAGACAGCCUAUCGCCUCGAGCGAGAGUCAAAUCUCACCCUGAGAGCGACUGACGCCUUCCCACGUGGAUUCCCACAUCAAUUCUCCUUCGAGUGCACAUUCCGGGCGCGCGAGGAACUUGUCCUGCCAUGGUAUCUCUUCCACGUCACGGAUUCUUAUGAGCAGUCCCAGCUGAGUGUGACUCUGGAUCCGGGGCGGGAGUUGCUGCACUUGGCGCUGCCCAAUGUGGACGGGGAUCUACAGAUGGUGACGUUCAGGCAUCACGAGCUCUUUGAUGAAUCUUGGCACAAAGUGACUCUGGGCGUGGGCUACGACAGGGCCACUCUCUGGGUGGAUUGUCAGCCUGUGCGCGGCAUUUAUGGACAAUUUGCCAAUCCGCUGCAGCCUAGAGGCCCAGUGGAAGCCACCGGAGGGCACUUGAGUGUCGCCCGACUCGUGGAAUAUCCAGCAACAGCGCCAAUUGACCUUCAAUGGAUGGUGCUGAGCUGUGAUCCUCUGAGAGCUGAGCGGCAGAAUUGCGCUGAAUUGCCAGUGGCACAGAAUGUGUCAUAUUUGAGUGGGCCGAGCGGUGUGCAGACUCGCGAUUGUCCCAUUCUCUGUCCUCAAGGACCUCCGGGACCAAGCGGAUCUGACGGACUUCAGGGCUUGCCUGGAGUGGCAGGGCUUCGAGGCCUGCCUGGUCUGCCGGGAUCUCCUGGCCAGCCCGGACAGCCUGGCUCUCCUGGACUGGGCAUUCAAGGCGCUAGAGGUUUCACGGGGGAGAAGGGCGAACGUGGACUUCCAGGACCUCCGGGUCCUUCGGAGGUGGAUUUCCUGGGCGUCGCCGGAGCUGGGCGGCCGUCAAUCGUUGCCGGCAUUCCGGGAUUGAACGGAAGCAAGGGCGAGAAGGGAGAUCGCGGAGAUAUCGGCUUCCCAGGUCCACCAGGAGCUCCGGGAAUGUACUUCGGCGCCCUGGAUGAGGCGCGGAUCAGAGAGAUUUGUGGUACUCUCAUCAGGGAGACUCUUAUUGAGAUCGCAGUGACCACCACUGGGCCUCCAGGGCCACCUGGUCCACCUGGCGAGCCGGGUGUGUCUCGAGAGGGGCGACAGGGUCAACCGGGUCCUCAGGGCGAGCGUGGAUUUGCUGGAGCUCGGGGCGAGCGGGGCUUUGCCGGCAUGCCAGGUUUGCCUGGGCCGCAAGGUCCGCCUGGCGAGACGGGUGCUCGUGGGGAGCAGGGCGAGCGCGGUGAGCAGGGUGAGAGAGGAGAGCGUGGGGCAGACGGUGUGAUGGGUCCGCAGGGUGUUGAGGGUCAUCGUGGGAUGCCCGGCUCUCCGGGCAGAGCUGGUGAUCGCGGAGAACCCGGAAUGCCCGGCAUGCACGGCUCUCAAGGGAAUCCUGGUGUGCCUGGAGUGUGUCCUGAGUGCUACAACUACGCCAUGGCGCCUCCGCACUACUACUACAUGCCGCAGCAGUCGAAGGGACCGCCUAGCCAGAAGGGAUAGGCCGUUUUGUGAGCGUGAAUCUGCAAUAAAUUGGCUUCUAAUUCGCAC